CCACAAGAAAAUGUUUGUAAGGUGGAGGAGGACGGGGUUUUCAGUGACCAGCACCUGGAUAACCUGGAGAGGAGCUGCAGCCCGGACCAGGAGGAACCAGGGCAUCCACAGACUACAGAACUGGAGGAAGACUCCAGCGGUCAGGAGAUGAAGCACGAGGACGUAGAGGUGGAUGUCUCAUUGGUCAAUGUCGCUGAUGUAAAAGUUGAAAAUGGUGAACCAGGACCAAACUGUGGCCAGCUGCUGUUGCACACUUCUCCUGAAGCUCAAAACAAAGAUGAGGAAGGGACUGAAAGUUUACGCUCAGACUCCAGUAAAACUGCAGAUCCGGAGCCAAUGAGACGACACGGUGACCCCGAAGAUGCUGCUGUCCCGUCAGACAGCAACUGUAAAUCAAAGCUGACCAGGACCCACACGGGGAAGAAGGUGUUUUCUUGCAGCACUUGCAGGAAAGAGUUCAGUAAACGUAAUAUUUUAGUGGAUCACAUGAAGAUCCACACUGGCGAAAGGCCAUACCUGUGCAACACCUGCGGAAAAUCGUUUAGACAAUCAUCAACGCUCAAGAACCAUAAAAUGAUCCACACGGGCGAGAAGCCGUACCUGUGCAACACCUGCGGAAAGUCGUUUAGAAACUCAGCAACGCUCAAGGACCAUACAAUGAUCCACAGGGGCGAGAAGCCCUACAUCUGCAAAACAUGUGGAAAAAGUUACAGACUACGGUCCACCCUGGUGGUUCACUCGAGGAUCCACACCGGUGAAAGGCCGUACCUGUGCAACACUUGUGGAAAAACCUUUACUAAUUUAUCAGAUCUUAAACGCCACAUAGACACGCACACGGGCAAGAAGCGGUAUUUGUGCAAGACGUGCAACAAAGGUUUUAGCCGCAGAAUUGGUUUGCUGAGUCACAUGAAAAAUCACCCGGAGGAGAAGUCUGGCGACUCGUGACAAAUGAAGCUCAUGUUGUCGUCCUCCGGGGGCAGCUGUCCACUCCUGUCUGACCCACAGAAGAAGAACCCGCAGCAGUCCAACCACCACCUCCUGUGGCUGAUGAGCCUAAUCCCCUCCCCACAAGGGUUUGCAGGAUCAACACAGAUUUAUGCUUCUCCAUCAACUUGACGCAGAGGGAACGAUGUGGUUGUGUACUUUUUUUUUUAAAGUUCUGCAUUGAGUUUGUUUGAAUCCCUGUUCCUUCUUAAAAUCGUAUUAUUUGUUGCUGUUGGUAACUUGCCGUCUCCACGGUGCAAAUAAAGAGCUGUUAAUAUUUGCUGAAGUUUCUUUAAACGUGACAGUUUAUUUUGUUCAUCUACAAAGCCUCUCUCACAUGUCCUCUUUCUUGUCUGUUUCUUUUUCACUCACAUUCUCUUUGUAAAGUUAAUCUGCAGCUCCAUGUUGUUAAACUGAAAAACAUGAAGAAACUUCAGAGAAACAAGGGCAAAAGAAGAAACGCAACCAUCAACAUGUCAGAAACAGAACAACCAACCAUCUGUCACCAUUUUAUAAAUUUUGAUGUCUGCAGCGUUAAACAAAAAACCUUGAAGAUUUCAGAAGUCAGUGCAGUCAGAUACGGUUUGCUUUUAUUUCCCCUUUAAAUUGUUUGUAUUGAUUUAGAUAAAACAUUUGGUUUGCAAAUGAAUGAGGAAAUGAGUGUGAUGUGGGAUACACAUCACGAUACAAUACGAUAUUGCGGUAUCCAAAUUUUGCAAUAUAUUGUAUUGUUAUACAUUGUUUGCUGAAAACUGUAAAAGGGUCCGAUGCAUUUUAAGAUCUGAGCUGCACGUACAUCAGAUUAUCGUGAUAAUUCAUGGGACAAACUAAGUCAAAACAUGCAAUUCAAAUGAUCCAUGCUGUGUUAUUGUAAUUACGCAAGCUGAAGUUACGACAUAUUUGUGUACGUUUUUCAUAUUAUUUACAUAAUAUGAAAUUUUAACAAUAUUUAAUCAAAUGUGUAGAUGACCUUUAAUAUGAGUAUUUCUGUAAAUGUGUUUUUGUGUUUGUUUUCUUAUUGGCAUUGUUUGGAGCCAGGCUUUUAUUUUGUUAUAUAUUAAGACCAAUAUUUAGUGCUUUUAUUUUGAAUGCAUCUCUUGUAAACUUGUAAACAUCAGCGGUCUUUAACGGUUAAUGUUUAAAGGCUGUAGAAACGUUUUCUGCAAGACUAAACUAGUGUUGGGAGUGCUAAAGUGUGCCUAACCGACACAACCGCACCUGGCUGAUACAAGGUUUGUUUUCUUUGUAAAUUAUACAGUAUUUAUGUAUAUAUUGAGUUUGGUUGUCUGUUACUGUCAUGUAUUGUGGUUAACGGUUUUGCCGACCCAGCGAGCUGCUGUGUUGGCCUGUAUUUUUUUAAGUCUUUUUUGAAAACGUAUUUAUUUUCUUUGGCUUUUAGUGUACGAUAAAUUAGUUGCUACAUCUGUGAGAAGUGAUUGUGCACUGUGUCUGUUCUUUGCCGUCUAUUUUCUAUUUUUUAUUACUAUUUUAUUGAUCAUUCUAACAUGUUAGUGAUUAUAUUGUUUCUACACUAGUAUACUGUAUUUUCUUUUGGUAUUGUUUCAUUUUACUGUAUACUGUACAGCACUUUGGUCGACCUCGGUCGUUUAUAAAUGUGCUAUAUAAAUAAAAUUGACAUUGACAUUGACAUUGUAUUUGAGUUGGAUGAAACUUGUAUGUAUGUAGUAAGAGUAAUAUUGUUUUAUUUUAUUCCUUUAUAGCUCUUACA